CCCGAACGGACUGACGUCAGCAGAUGCCGGCGAGGAGCGCGAAAUGGCGCUGCUGGAGGGAUCCCACCCUCCCGGACCGAGUCGACAAGGUUUUACCCGAUUCGGAUCCUCUUCACUCUGUGUCGGUGAUCACUACUGUUCGCUCCGCAGAUUCCUUUUCGUGUUCUUCCUUGCAUCAAAAUGGUUGACGCCGCCGUUGCCGAGAAAUUGGAAGCUGGAUUCCAGAAGCUCCAGGAAGCCACCAACUGCAAGUCUCUGUUGAAGAAGCACCUCAGUCGCGAGAUCUUCGACAAGAUCAAGGAUCUCAAGACCUCCUUCGGAUCCACCCUUCUCGAUGUCAUCCAAUCUGGUGUUGAGAACUUGGACUCUGGAUUCGGUGUGUACGCCCCCGAUGCCGAAGCUUACAGCGUUUUCAACGACCUCUUCGAACCCAUGAUCUGCGAUUACCACACCGGAUUCAAGCCCGGAGAUGCUCACCCACCCAGGGACUUUGGUGAUCUCGAGACUUUCGGCAACUUGGACCCCGAGGGCGCCUUCAUCGUCUCCACCCGCGUCCGUUGCGGCCGAUCCUUGGCCGGCUAUGCCUUCAACCCUUGCUUGACUGAGGCCAACUACAAGGAGAUGGAAGAGAAAGUCGUCGCCAGCUUGUCCUCCUUGGAAGGCGAACUCAAGGGAACUUACUACCCAUUGACUGGCAUGACCAAGGAAGUCCAGACCCAGCUCAUCCAGGAUCGUUUCCUCUUCAAGGAGGGAGAUCGCUUCCUUCAGGCUGCCAACGCCUGCCGCUACUGGCCCACCGGACGUGGCAUCUACCACAACGACGCCAAGACCUUCUUGGUUUGGUGCAACGAGGAAGAUCACUUGCGCAUCAUCUCCAUGCAGAAAGGUGGUGACUUGAAGGCCGUCUAUGCCCGUCUCGUUAACGCCAUCAACGAAAUCGAGAAGAGGAUUCCCUUCUCUCACCACGAUAAAUACGGUUUCUUGACCUUCUGCCCAACCAACUUGGGCACCACCAUCCGCGCUUCCGUCCACAUUGCGCUGCCCAAAUUGGCUGCUGAUCUUGCCAAGCUCGAAGAGGCCGCCGGAAAGUUCAACCUCCAGGUCCGCGGAACUGCUGGUGAACACACCGAAGCCGAAGGUGGUGUGUACGACAUCUCCAACAAACGCCGCAUGGGUCUGACUGAAUACCAGGCCGUCAAGGAGAUGUACGAUGGUCUCCAGGAGCUCAUCCGCAUGGAGAAAGAGGCUGCUUAAAUCUCUUCCUUUCUCUCUGUCUCUCCCACAGCCCUUCUUAAUAAUAAUAAUAUAUUAUUACACCAUUAGCCAUGUGUUAAGAUCUGCUUAAAAAAGCGUAUUUGAACUGAUUAUUGUAGAUGUAAUGGGCCUAAUUUGCGACAUCCAUUGGAACCGUUUUCUUUCUCCUUCUUCUUCUCUAUUAAAGUUGUUGUUGUUGUUGUUGUACAACGGUGUGAGAUACGGUUUUAACACACCUCGCUACGUCAUCGAGUUUUGAAAGUCCUUUGUAUCCGAAGAAUUCUUCUGUGUCCAUUGUGUGUACAUCCACGACGGAACGGGUUGGAAGGCUCUGCAGGAUCCACUGCUCGAGAUUUCCACUCGAUAGUCGAAAUAGCGCUCGAUUCUACUCUUCAUUGGAACGAAUAUUGUUUUUUUUUAUAUUUGUUACAAUACCAGAGUGCGCUAUUAAUGGCACAUAUGGAAUUUGGAAGAGAAAGAGACUGCAAAGAGAUGUAAAACAUGGAGAAAGCCCACGAAUAUCAGUGAUUUGUUCAAAAAAACCGCAAAAAAAAAAAAGAAUACACAGAAACCAUCCUGUCGUUCAAA